AGCAAAAAAGGACCAAUUAAUCGUGUCUGUCACUUCAAGACACUGUCAUUAUUCACCACACACAUACCCACCAAUCAAUUGUGCCGGAGCGAAAGUCCUUCCUUGCAUAUUUCUUUAAUCCACUUUCUCUCUCCUUUUCUUGCCCACCCCUCUCUUUCUGUCUUUGCAAGUGAAGAUAAAAUAACUCCACCGAGGUAAUGACAAGAGACGUGACUAACCAUUUACUCUUUGAGGUGGCCACAGAGGUGGCCAACCGUGUUGGUGGUAUCUACUCGGUGUUGAAGUCGAAGGCGCCAAUCACAGUGGCCGAAUACAAGGAACGGUAUACCCUCAUCGGUCCCUUGAACUAUGACUCCGCUGCCGUCGAGGUUGAGGAGUUGCAAGUUCAAGAUCCGCAUAUCAAGGCAACUCUGGACUCAAUGGCUUCGAGAGGUAUCAGAUACAUCUACGGCCGUUGGCUUAUCGAAGGUGCUCCUCGUGUGCUUCUGUUCGAUGUCCACUCUGCUCAACACCACUUGGAUGAGUGGAAAACUGACCUCUGGACCAUUGCCGGUAUCCCUGCUCCAAGCGCUGACUUUGAGACUAACGAUGCCAUUUUGCUGGGUUACCUGGUUGCGUGGUUCCUGGGUGAAUUGGUGCAUCACGAUAAACAGCGUGCAGUGAUUGCCCACUUCCACGAAUGGCUCGCAGGUGUCGCUUUGCCGCUUUGUCGUAAGAGACGUAUCGACGUUACCACUGUGUUCACCACCCAUGCUACGCUUUUGGGUCGUUAUCUCUGUGCCGGCUCUGUCGAUUUCUACAAUAACCUGGCCAAUUUCGAUGUUGACGCUGAGGCUGGUAAAAGAGGUAUCUACCACCGUUACUGUAUUGAAAGAGCAGCUGCUCACAGUGCAGACGUCUUCACGACGGUGUCGUUGAUCACAGCUUACGAGUCUGAGCACUUGCUGAAACGUAAGCCUGAUGGUGUCCUGCCAAACGGUUUGAACGUUGUCAAGUUCCAAGCGGUUCACGAGUUCCAGAAUUUGCACGCUGUGAAGAAGGAGAAGAUCAACGAGUUUAUCAAGGGUCACUUUUACGGUCAUUAUGACUUUGACCUGGACAAUACUUUGUACUUCUUCAUUGCCGGUCGUUAUGAGUACAGAAAUAAGGGUGUUGACUUCUUUAUCGAAUCCCUCGCACGUUUGAACUACAAGCUGAAAGAAGCUGGAUCCAAGAUCACAGUAGUGGCGUUCAUCAUCAUGCCUGCAGCCACCAACUCUUACACUGUCGAGACAUUGAAAGGUCAAGCCGUUAUCAAAGCGCUGGAAAACACAGUUAGGGAAGUUCAAAACUCCAUUGGACAUAGACUGUUGGAACACUGCUCUCGCUAUCAACAACAUGGUAAAGAAGUCCCAGAUUUGGACGAUUUAAUCUCCCCAGCAGAUCGUGUUUUGUUGAAACGUCGUAUCUUUGCAUUGAAACGUGACGGUUUGCCACCAAUCGUGACACACAAUAUGAAAGAUGAUGCCAACGAUCCAAUUUUAAACCAGAUUAGAAGGGUUGGUUUGUUCAACAACUCAAACGACAGAGUGAAAAUCAUUUUCCACCCAGAAUUCCUCAAUGCGAACAACCCAAUUUUGCCAUUGGACUACGAUGAGUUUGUCAGAGGUUGUCACUUGGGUGUCUUCCCUUCGUACUACGAGCCUUGGGGAUAUACGCCUGCUGAAUGUACAGUCAUGGGUGUUCCUUCAAUCACUACCAAUUUGUCAGGUUUUGGUGGAUACAUGGAGGAUCUCAUUGAGAAUUCAUCGGACUACGGUAUCUACAUCGUGGAUAGACGUAUGAAGUCUGUCGAUGAAUCCAUUGAUCAAUUGACACAUCAGAUGUUUGAGUUUACGAAAAAGACAAGAAGACAACGUAUUAACCAAAGAAACAGAACUGAGCGUCUCAGUGACCUGUUAGACUGGAAGAGAAUGGGUUUGGAGUACGUCAAGGCCAGAAACCUCGCCUUGCGUAGAGCUUAUCCAAACUUGUUUGAAAAUGGUGCACAGGGUUCUGACUUUGACUCCAAGAUUAAGAUCUCAAGACCAUUAAGUGUUCCGGGAUCGCCAAGAGACCGUAACAACAUCAUGACCCCUGGUGAUUUGGGAUCUUUACAAGAUGCUGCAUUGGGUGAUGACUAUUUCCAUCUUCAAGGCGAUGAAGAGGAUGAGGGACGCUACGGUUAUCCGUUAACCCUCCGUGGUGACUCUGUGCCUGCAAAGGAUUGAUCAUGCUGUACCAUUCUCUGUGCUAAUAAACCGUGUUAUGCCAGCUCGCUUUUUCCGUUCUCUCUCUUCCCUUCUGUAUUAGUUUAAAAUAAGAAUGAUAAACAAAGAAUUAACUAAGAACAGAGGUAGUGAUUUUAGAGGAGCAUGAACGCACUCCUUGUGUGUGUUUGUCUAUUGAGAUGCGACAAGACACAUGAUGAGGAU